AUGCCCCUCAUAUCAUUCUCUGCUGCGCAGGCCAUCGUAGCUCAGCUUCUUUCUUCUACUACUGAACCUAUGUCUCCAGCUGAUCCAGAGACGAUUGUUACGUCGCUAGUGGGGAUCUUUGUUGUAGAAAACUACUUUGGCUAUCUGCCAUCUCCUCGAGAUUAUAGCGGCCUAGAAGACGAUACCCCCUUCGUACACUCUAAGCACCUCCUUGACCAUGCCAAAAAGAGUCUGGUGGAGCUUCCGACCAAUCGCGUUGAGCACUGGCAAGGAAUAAUUGCAGUUUUAGAGUCUGUUUGCCAGCCAUAUAGCGUACUACGAAACACUUUCCACAGGUAUUUCGGGGCUGUCCACCAGGCGCUGCUACUGAUUCAAGAUAUAGACAUGCCCUUGUUGGCUCUAAAGGAUGGACCAGAAGAAGAGUUGUAUAAAGACUAUCUGCGUGCUCUCCACACAAUUCAGGAGUAUCCCCUUUCGUCACAGCUUAAUCUUGAUAGGCUUACAACACAGCUUAAAUGCCUCCUUGAAAAGGUGCGCCGCGCAGAAGCCGCAGAAGACACCACUCUCUCAGCCAGUCUCCUCGCGUGCUUAGUGGACCUUCUUAUUGUCUCACACACAAUCGAAGACGCAGAUUGUGCAGAAAACAAUCAUAAGGCACUAGUAGCUAUCGAAACACACCUGGUAGCACUGUUUCCAGGGGACGAUCUGGAGCGGGCCAUCCAAUUUGUCUUCUCCACACACCUAUUGGGAUUUCCCUACUUCAUGCUACGCUUUUGCAAACUUCAGCUGUAUUUAUUCGCAUCAGACUACGCCUCGAUUUAUCGUGAGCUCUCGCUGAUCGGGUGUCAUUCCAAUGCUCUUGAGUUCUUAAUAUUAGCUAACCAGGUGGAGAUGGCCAAGAGCCUACUACUCAUACGCCUGUCAACGACAUUGCAAACACAAUAUAGUACUACUGAAGGUCUUUUCACAGAUUUUCCUGACGCUAUACUUAAGAAAAGUGCAUACCCUUUGAUAAUGUCCACCUCAGUAAGAGAACCCUUUCUUCAUUACCUCCUUCUCCUGGGGGAAUUGGCAGAUAAUCGCCUUGUUAUGCGCUUUGUCCUAUCUAAAACAACUAAGCAUAAGUUCAGAGCUGCGUCUGAUCUGGGUCUUUGGUACUUAAACAGGUAUCAAGAAGCGCACGAAAUAAAAGCACUGCAUAUCUCCUUAAGGUACUACUUGAAGGCUCUUCGUCAGAAUACAACAAACAUAGCAGUGAAGGACAGGUGUGGAACGCUCUAUCUUUUGUUAGCUCGAAGAACAUACAGUGAGAAUAGACGGAAUAGAUGUUUGGAGAAGGCGUAUGAGCUGUGCAAGAGCCUUUGUGAGUCAACUUCGGAGCAGUACAAGUUCUAUCACACACUCGGUCUCAUUACUCUGGAGCAGGGGCACGUUUCCGAGGCGCUUUGUCACUUAUAUAGCGCUUGCCGUGCGGCCAUAAGCUGUGAUCAGGUUGAUAAGACACCGUUCCUAACUUAUCUCUCAGCAAUCAACCGCUUGCCGGGACUCCAUUGUCAGAGAUUUAAUAUUGAAGAGCUUUCGCUUGUCAUUCAGUUUCUUUGGACGUUUCAAGAGCGCCAGUCUACGUCUGUGGACGUUCGAAGUUUGAUCAUCGUCGGAGCGCUGGUCCUUCGGGCUAUACGCUUGUUUCCAAGGAUAAAGCAAUCCAUGGCCUUUGUUGCCUCGUUUUGCCGUUGGGAAGAAAUAUCCCAGACAACAAAGAACUUGAUCCUCCAGUUGCAUGUUACUGCUAUCAAAAAGGAGCUCGAUCUUAUCAGCUAG